GCUUGAAGCAUAACCCUGAGUUAUACCGCAGAUGAGUAAGAGCAUUUUUCGUGUUAGACAGCCGCCCAUGGUGAAAACUCAGGCCGUGUUACGUUUUCAGUGCGGAAGCCACAAGAUCGAGGACUGCUCAUGAGCGUAUAUAAGGAUAGCAGCAUUCCUGCUCCUAGAUGCCUUCACACAGCAGAGCAAUCACCUCCUUCCUCAAUCCUCUCUUGUCGACAUCCCGAUCAUCUUCUUUCGACAGAUCAACGGUGCUAUCAAACACUUCAAGAUGCUCAACAAAGCUCUUGCCUUCUCUGCUUUGGCAGCACUGGCUGCCGCAGCUCCUCGUCCGCAGUUGAUCAACUUGGACGAGAUUCCGGAUUACACCCCCACAGUGACCAUGGUGCCUGGUCUCACUGCCCAGGUCGUUACCUACGAUCCUACUGCCGCCAUCAGCGCUGCUGCCGCCGAUGUCACCGACAGCCCUCUUCUCCAGGAGAAACGCGAUCUUCUGCAAGCUCGCGCUGCAUGCGCUGCUCAACCGACCAUGGCCAAUGUCUACAACAUCGAUGUAUCCAGCGCUUCUGCUUUUCGUGCCGAUACGAUCGCAGCGGGCAAAGCCAACAAUGCAGUCACCCCUAGCGGGUACGCAUUGAACUUCCAGAACUCCGGUAAGGCUUCCAGCGCCUACGGUUAUCUGGGCUACCAGACGGUCUCCUCUUAUGACCCCUCGAUCUGUGCAAACAAGUGUAACUCCAUCACUGGUUGUCUGGCUUUCAACAUCUACUUUGAAAGAGACCCUACUGUCGAACCUGGUACCGGAUGCACCAACCCCUCGGCUUUUGCCAACAUCAAAUGCUCUUACUGGGGUGGCAACCUUGACACCACCACUCUCACCAAUGGUGGCCAGAUGAGAAGCUCCUUCGAGGUCGCCAUCGCUGGCAGCAACGGAUACACAACAACCAAGUACCAGGUCAUCUCGGGCUACACUACCCCCAAGUUCCUCAACACUGCCGUCAUGAACGCUCCUACCGACUGCAAUGGCGCUGAUACCUAUAUGGGUUACAAGCUUUUCAACGAAGCCGUGUUCGAUGCUCGUCUCUGCUCUGCCGCUUGUGAUGCCCAGAGUGCUUACAACAUUGCCAACCCUCCCUCUGAUGGCUCUAAGCCCAAGUUGUGCAAGUUCUUCAACACUUACAUCUUGAACAAGAAUGGUGUCGGCCAAGGACAGUACUGCAGCAUGUACACCGAGCAAUGGAGCUCGACUUAUGCCACAAAUACCGGCCAAAAUCGCGGAUCCGACAAGUACACCAUGUCUUUCAGUUUUAUGUACGGCAACACUACAGAUGAUGGUACCCCGGCCUGUGCAUCAACCGAUAGCGCUUUCUGUUCUGCUUACAUCAACUACAUCCCUCCGGUCUCGACUAUUGUUUCCUCGUUCACUCCUGCCCCCACUACAGUCACCAGCACCCAAGUCAACGUAGUGACCAGCACCAUCUAUACCGCCACAAUCACUGCGGCCGCCGGUCAUGCAGCCCGUGUUAGACGUGAUGGUAACGGCACCGAGACUGGCUUAGACUACAGCAUCUCCAUCAUCGAGUCCAUCGACCCCUCUUACACGAACAAGCCCGUUGAUAGCCCUCAGACCGCCUCUUCUACCGGCCUCGCUCGCCGUGCCCUUGCCACUCCUGCCAAGUUCGCCAACUGGCCAGCUUCGCGUAUCAGCGCUUCUUGCUCAAUUAUCGCAACUGGACGUGCCACGACUACUGUCGUUAGCACCGCCUCAGCCCCUCAGACGACCGUCGCCGUGACUUCCGCUUCAACCACCACAGUUUACGGUACUUUGACCGUCCCUGGUGUCCAGCUCGCCUCUCCUACAGCCAUCAUCGGAAGUCUCUCUGGCUCGCCUGGCAGUUACGAUGAUUUGUACUAUCACCUGGACCUUCCUUUCCCCAUCGGUGCCUUUGGCAAGACUUCCAGUUCGAUCUGGCUCGAGAUCAACGGUUGUGUCUCCCUGAACACUGGAUUCGGCGACUUCGUUAACGAACGUCUUCCUUCCACAAACAUGGCCGAUACCACUCUUCUAGGUUACUGGGAUGACCUGUACAUCUACCAAGGCACCCAGCAGGGCAUCUACUACGACAUCACCGGUGAAGUCGGCUCAAGAGUAUUGCAAUUCGAGUUCUACACCAGCGCCUUCCAGCGCCGGACCGAGUACUUCCACUUCAUCAUGACCUUUUACGAGAACCAGGUCGGCCUUGUGAAGUACAAGUACUUUGACAUUUCAUACAAUGGCCUCAGCGCAACCGUCGGCGCUCAGAGUCGAAGCGCUGGCAAAUUCCUGCAGUAUUCUUUCAACCAGGCUGUCAUCAACCCUGGUUUGGAAAUCACUAUCGAUACCAAUGCUGGUACUAUGACCCACACCGGUUAGAUUUAGAUUGUUGCUUAUCGCAUUGGUGGUG